AUGGAUCAUCCAAAACACUUCAGAGGAGAGUUCACAGGUGAUCAAAGGACCCACUGCUCACCGGAGUCCAGUAAUUUUGGAGAAAAGUGUUUCGAGAACCUACAUUCCUCAACACAGCUGACCAACAGCCCUGUGAAGCAGAAGGAUCUCACUGACUCACUGGAGAGAGAUGAGCCGCACAAUAAAUCCAUAGAAAAAGCCCAGCAGGCACUGAAAACUGCUCUGAAGAAGAAGUGUGAACACAUAUUUGAAGGUUUAGCAAAGCAGGGCAACCCAGCCCUCCUCAAUGAGAUCUAUACAGAGCUCUACAUCACAGAGGGGGGAAGUGGGGGGGUCAAUGAUGAACAUGAGAUCAGACAGAUUGAGACAGCAUCCAAGAGACAAACCACACAGGAGACUGCAAUCCUCUGCAAUGACAUCUUUAAGCCUUUACCUGGACAAGAGAAACCGAUCAGAACUGUGCUUACAAAGGGCAUCGCUGGUAUUGGGAAAACAGUCUCUGUGCAGAAGUUCAUUCUGGACUGGGCAGAUGGAAAAGCCAAUCAGGACAUUGAUUUCAUCUUCACUCUUCCUUUCCGAGAUCUGAAUCUGAAAAAAGAGAGAGGAUUCAGUCUGAUGCAACUUCUACAGCACUACUUUCCACAACUGAAAGAGAUCAAGAGUAUUGAAGAUGAUGGUGUCAAAAUUGUGUUCAUCUUUGAUGGUCUGGAUGAGUGUCGACUUCCUCUAGAUUUCCAAAGCAAUGAGAUCUGCUGUGAUAUAACAGAGUCAUCAUCAGUGGAUGUGCUGCUGGCCAACCUCAUUAAGGGGAAUCUGCUUCCCUCUGCUCUCCUCUGGAUCACCACCCGACCAGCAGCAGCCAAUCAGAUCCCUCCUAAGUGCGUCCACCAGGUGACAGAGGUACGAGGAUUCAAUGACCCACAGAAGGAGGAGUACUUCAGGAAGAGACUCAGAGAUGAGAAAAAGGCCAGCAAAAUUAUCUCACACAUAAAGUCAUCCAGGAGUCUCUACAUCAUGUGUCACAUACCAGUCUUCUGCUGGAUUUCUGCCACUGUACUGGAGACAAUGUUGGGUAAAAUAGACAAUAGAAAAAUGCCUAAAACUCUGACUGAAAUGUACACACACUUCCUGCUCAUUCAGACUAAUGUGAAUAAUGAGAAGUAUCAUGGCACCAAUGAGACAACCCCAAAGAUAAUGUCAGCAUCAAAUACAGAAAUCAUCCUGAAACUGGGGCAGCUGGCUUUACUACAGCUGGAAAGGGGCAAUCUGAUAUUCUAUGAAGAGGACCUGAGAGAGAUGGGCAUUGAUGUCAGUGAAGCUUCAGUGUACUCUGGGGUGUGCACAGAGAUCUUUAAAGAGGAGUGUGGGUUGGGUGAGGAGAAGGUCUACUGCUUUGUGCAUCUGAGCAUUCAGGAGUAUCUGGCUGCCUUGUUUGUGUUUCAUUCAUGUGUGAAUGAGAACAGAAAUGUACUCAGAGCAGAAGAAUCAAAACCUCGCAGUGACAGAGUGCAGCUGUCUGAUUUACACAGGACUGCAGUGGAUCAGGCCUCAGAGAGUAAGAAUGGACACCUGGACCUUUUCCUCAGAUUCCUUCUAGGCCUCUCUUUGGACUCCAUUCAGACUCUAUUAGGAGGAAUACUGACACAGACAGGAAGCAGAUCACCUACAGGAAGCAGAUCAGAGAGCAUUGAGAAAACAGUAUUGUACAUAAAGGAGAGGAUCAAAAAAGAAUCUUCAGCAGAGAGGACCAUAAAUCUGUUCCACUGUCUCAAUGAACUGAAUGACAACUCUCUAGUGGAGGAAGUCAAGAAGUUCCAGAGAUCAGGAAAACUCUCUAAUGAACAGCUGGAACCACACCAAUGUUCAGCCCUGGCCUUUGUGUUACUGAUGUCAGAGAAGAUCCUAGAUGAGUUUGACUUGAAGACCUACAACACAUCAGCAGCAGGUUAUCAGAGACUGCUACCAGUAGUCGGGAACUGCAGGAAGGCCAUACUGAACCUGCGUCUCCAGGUCUCCAAACUGGUCGCGUAA